AUGUGACAACAAAUGAUGCUUUCUGGGAAGGACUAGCCUAAGACUCCUGUCAUCUUUCGCUUCACAGAAGACAGUGGGAUCUAGUAGUUUGAGAAAAUCCAAAGGAAGCAAUACAAUCCCAACCAAAGCUUCUCUAACUCUGAUAAUCUGGAAGCAAAAAAGGUCAGGAAAAUAUAUUCAUUCACUCUCAAGCCAUAGACUAUAAAUUAUUUUCAACAGCUAAACAUGUACACUCAGGCAUCUCCAGAUUCUCUGUUUAGAAAGCUGCCUCUAGAUCACUGAUGGGUUAAAAGCCUGGGAUCUCACAUGGAAGUCAAAACCAACCGCUUAUGAGGAAGACUGAUGAGCAUGAUGGCCUUUCGUUGUCCACCCUGUAAAGGAGGAAGGUGACCCCAGCUCAUGGGAGUCACUGGUGGACAAGGUGAACGGAAAAGACAUCGCUCAGGCAAUAUGUACAUCGAAGAAUAUUUAGCAAGAAUUGGAUACAAAGGCUCCCAUGAAAAACAUGAUUUGGAAACCUUAACUGCAAUCUUCCAGCACCACAUCCGAACUGUUCCAUUUGAAAAUCUCAGCAUCCAUUGUGGGGAAACCAUUACCUUGGAUUUAGACCAGGUUUACAACAAAAUUGUAAGGAAAAAGCGUGGUGGAUGGUGCAUGGAACAAAACCAACUUUUAUGUUGGGUGCUGAAAACACUGGGAUAUGACACCACUCUUUUAGGAGCAUAUAUAUACAACCUGCACCAAAACACAUAUGCUUCCCAAAUGACCCACCUUCUGCUAAAGGUGGAUAUUGAUGAUAGAGCCUAUAUCCUGGAUGGAGGCUUUGGUGUAUCCUAUCAAAUUUGGCAACCAAUGGAACUUAUUUCUGGGAAAGACCAGCCUCAGACUCCUGGCAUCUUUCGCUUCACAGAAAACAAUGGGACCUGGUACUUUGAGAAAAUAAGAAGGAAACAAUACAUUGCCAACCAAAGCUUCUCUAAUUCUGAUCUUCUGGAAAGAAGUGAGUGCAGGAAAAUUUACUUGUUCAGUCUUGAGCCACGAACAAUCAGAGAUUUCCAGUUCCAACGUACGUAUCUUCAGACAUCUCCAGAUUCCCUGUUUACAAAGAAGUCAAUCUGCAGCCUGCAGACCACUGAUGGGUUUCGAGCUUUAAUUGGGUGGACACUCAUUGAGACAACUUACAACUACAAGGACAACACAGAUCUGGUAGAAUUCAUGACUCUUAAAGAUGAAGAGGUGGAGGAGACACUGAAAGAUAAAUUCAGCUUAACAUUAGAGAGAAAAUUUGUCCCAAUUAACCUCAAAGGACUGUACGUGAUUUAGUGUAGUGCUAAAACAUACAAUAAUUCUAUGCAAUUGCAGCAUCUUUCACAGUCUAAUAUGACAUUCAAUAAAUGACCUAAAAUCCAUUAAUACCAGGUUAAAAUGAGAACUUAAGUUCAGAAAAACAGGCACUUCAGAGUCCCAUGUUGAUUAGUUACCACCGAGAGAAUAAAUGGAGCCCACACACACUUUUGUGGGCACAAAUUUAGAGACUGGUUUGAGGCUGGAUGAAGAUCUGAGAGGACAUGUGGUCCAGGGAGGAAAAGUUUUCUAGUGGUGUAAGAACACAACUUGGAGAGGAGUACUGGGGUUUCUGUGCUACUGACAUAUAUAUGCUGGGACCAUUAGGGAAAUCACAUUUCCAAACUUGGCUGCUUAAAUUUAGACACCUGAAGAUCAGACCACUUAUUUAGGUCUGAAAUGUGGAUUUAGAAGUACUGUACCAAGCACUCAACUCCAUAUCCCCAUUUUACAGAUGGGGAAAAUAUACUUCCCCACCUCCAGGGUGUGUUAGGAGGAAUAAUUCAUUCAUGUAUGUAGGGCACUUUAAGGUCCCCAGACUUACAAGUGCAGAGUAUUAUCCAAUUUCUCUCUGUGAUUACUACAACGAACCACACAUGUUAAUUAUGUUUAGUAUGUCCAUUUUUUUCUUAUGAUGCUUUUGUAGUGGUACUAAUUCACAUCCUGUCUAAAGGAUGAAUUGUAAUAUGGUGCCCAAACUUGUUUCUCUAUUGUGCCUACUUCCAUUCCACAUGGCCACAAACUGAAAUUCCUUAAAGACAGAUACAAAUGGGAAUGUUAUCAAGGUGACGAGCAUAAAAAGCAUCCAACUGAAUCAAGUCUAUUUAAAGAAACUCCUUGUCUAACUAAUGAGUCCCCUCUUCUAAUAUCUGUGGUUUUGCAAUUGCAGUUCCCUGUUCUAAAAAUGUUUCUCUCCAUCAUGUUGCUAUGUGAAAGACCCAUAAAAACAGAGAAAUUGACUGUGCAGGGGAAACAGUGUCAAAACAAAGUUAACAGAGUAGACCACUGAGAAAAAUAAUUCUCCAGUCGUUUUUCCUGAUGGUAAUCUUACAUGCUGCUUUUAACAAUAGCAGGUUAAAGAAGAGAAUCAAGACAUUUUCUUUUCAGUGGACAGCCUCCUUGUUCUAACAUGAUUUAUGAAAAACUCAUGAAAUACAAAAAUAUAUUAAAAAUAAAUAAAUGAAAACAAGUCUUUGUAAGUA